AUACUGUCAAUAAUUUCGUUCCUCAACAUCAUGGUGCUGCAACCGUUGUAGGUGGUGCUCAAAAUGAUACAUUAUUUUUAUAUGGAGGAAUUACAAAUUACGAGAGAAUGAGUAUGGUUUAUUCAUUUAACCCGAAAAAAUCAUGGAUGAUUCCAACCUUAGAAGGAAAUGAUGGAAGUGAAGUUAAUAGAAAGGCAUUUUUGACAGGCAUUGCAGAUAAUGGAAAGAUGUAUUUAUGGGGUGGAACGGAAAUGAUAACGAGAUAUUAUGUAAACGAUAUGCUUAUUUUAGAUAUGAUAGAUCUUACUUGGAGUACUGGAAGUUUGAUUAAUGCACCAAUUCCAAGAAAUGAAUAUGGAGCCACUUUAUUACCUAACCAUAAAAUUAUUUAUAUGGGUGGUAGCAAUGGUCAAAAUUUGGGUAUAGGAUUAGAUAAGGUUUAUAUGUAUGAUACGAUAAAUGAUAGUUGGGCUACUCAAGUAACUUCAGGAAAUAUACCUUCUAGAAGAUUUGGUUUUUCUUCUAAUCUUGCUUUAGAUGGGCAAAGAUUAAUAAUUUUUGGAGGAUAUAAUGUUCCUUCUAAGGAAGCAACUUACGUAUUAGAUUUAACCAAUUUUAACUGGUAUGUUCCGAAUAUUAAUGGAACUAUUCCAUCAAGUCGAGCCUAUCAUAGAGCAGAUGUAAUUAAUAAAUAUCUGGUUGUAACAUUUGGGUCCGGUUAUAAUAAUUCAAAGGAAGAUGAUGUUUUAUUACUUGAUAUAAGUAAUAAUGACCAAUAUGUUUGGACAGGCUAUUAUGCUAUUUCUGAUUCAGCUCCAUCGCCAAUUGAUAGUAAAAAAUCUCGUAAUUACAAAUUAAUCGGUAUAAUUGGCGCAUCUGUAGUCGGUAGUAUGGUAUUAAUUGCAGGAACUUACUACUUACACAGAUGGAAUAGAAAUAGACGAACGAAAAUUGCAGUACAUCCUCCUAGCGGUAAACUUGAUAAUCAAACAGGACAAAAAGUAGUUUUAACAAUGGUUAACGAUAAUGGCAAUAAUGAUCAACAAACCAAACAAUAAUUACAAAAAAAAGCGAUUAAAAUAUGAUCU